UUAUGUGCAUACACUCCAAAAACACUUGAAUGAAAUGACUCGGGUCUCUUACAACAUAACAUAGGUCCUAGGUUUCAAUCCAGCUCUGAGAAUGCAGCAGCGUUAAAACUCUUAAUGGAGAGUUGUAUCACCCUCGUGACUCUAUUUAACUCGAGGGAUUAGUCUAUAUAGUUGCACGUGAAGGAUAUCCGAUUUACAACGAUAAAUAAUUAUGUGCAUAGGCUUUUGACAUGUUGUUACUUGUCAUUAUCCUAUAGCUAAAAAUGCUGCUUUCAAAUUUAAGUUUAUAAAUGAUCUACAAUUGAAGUUCAAAAGGUUCGUCAUCCAAAAUUUAGUGACACAAUUGAGACAUCAAAUCUAUUUUUAUCAUUAGAAAUCUAACUCAAUAACCCGGAAUUUGCAAACAUGGUAGCACAAGCAACUGAUAAUGGAAUCCGUAGCCGAAAGAAAUCAUCAAGAGGUCACCACAGGUUUGUAGGAGUUCGUCAAAGGCCGUCCGGAAGAUGGGUAGCAGAGAUCAAAGACUCACUACAGAAAGUUAGGCUUUGGCUUGGAACAUUCGACUCAGCCGAAGAGGCAGCUCGUGCUUAUGACACUGCUGCUAGAGCUUUGAGAGGUGCUAAUGCAAGAACCAACUUUGAAUUGCCAGAAUCUGAAACAAAUGGUAGUGGAGGUUCAAAGCGCGGUGCUGGUUCCAAAUUCAUGCUAGAGAAUACAGAACCUUUUUCUUUUGAAGAUGUCAGUGACUCGGGUUCAGGUUCAGAACACGGUCUUCUUGGUGCACUCAAGGCAAAACUUUUUGACGGAAAAGAAGGGAAAUUUUCAUUUUCAUUUCCUUCUGGUAGCAUGGUUACAAAAUCAACUCAGAAUUGUUCUGGAAAGAAAGACUCAUCAUUAUCAGCUACUUAUUGCCUAUCACAGAUGAAUGAAGCUCAUGCAAAUCCUCUGCCUAGUUCUUUGAGUAUUUCAUCAAACACUUUUGCUAAGAGUGUGGCUAUCCCAAAUAAUGAUCAUGAAAUUUGUCAAACACCAUCUAUGACAAACAUGUUAUGGUCCAAUGAAAUGGAAAAUGAAUUUCCUUGGCCAAUUCAGAUGAGUCAUGUUCAUGAGAAUCAUGAAAAUAGUACUAGUAUGCUUGCAUCUGGAAGUACAUCAAAUUUUGCAUGGCCACUAAUAGAGUCCAAUAUUGACAUGACAUGUAUGGACCAAGGGAUACUAAAUAGUAACAGAAGUGAUCAAAUGAAUAUGAUGAACAUGCAGUUACCACCUCUAAUUGGUGGAGCAAGUAGUGAUGGGUUUUGGACAUUGGAUCAGCAGCAACAAUUUGUGCAAUGUGAGAAUAAUAAUAGUUGGUUUGGUUCUGGUGGUGGAUCUUGGGAUCCUCUUCUCUAUGUGCCAUCUGAGCUAGGCUAGCUUCAUUAGGUUAAUAAUAUGUAAUGUCAAUGAAAGAAAUCUUAAUUUGUCAAUUUUAAUCUUGAAAGAAAUCUUAGUAUGCAUAAAGAUUGACUGAAUUUCUUCUACGAGGGUAUUGAUCUAGAAGAAUGUUGUGUUUGUUCUUUACCUUAUAACAUGUAACAAUAAUUUUUUUCAGUUUAUAACAUGUAAAGUAUUGUUUUAUUCAUCUA